AUGGCAUUCAUAGACGAAACCACACCAUUUGCAUUAGUCACAUUAUCAAGCUUUAUACUUUUAUCAAUUCAAAAAAUUAGAAAACUUAAAAGUAAAAUUAAAAAAUUUCACGACAAUGAUGAUAAGGAAGAUCAUAUAAUUAACAAUUAUUUUUCAACAAUUAAAAGAGACUCGAUUAAAACUUUAAUUUCAUUAAUUCAAUCAAUAUUAUUCACAUUUUUAUUGGUGUUAUCAGCUUUGACUUUUUUCAAAAGAUCAAAAAAAUUAAAUAGCACUCUUAACAAACACUUGACUAUAAUAUAUUUCACAUCGUUUCUAUCUUUACUAUGGCAAAUUCGUAAUCUUUCAGAUGGUGCCGAGAACAAAGGAAAUGAUUGUUCUCUCGACAAAUGUAACAUUGACAUCCCAUUCGUCAUCACCAACACAAUCUUAUCUUUACUUGCCACCACCAUAGCAAUAACCACGCCAAGGGGUCCUCCAGAAUACGAUGAUAAUGGUCGUCUGGUUUCUCCAAACAGUUAUUCCUCAAUAUGGGAUUUCAUCACUUUCUCAACAAUGAAUCCGUUGAUGUGUAAGGCUUACAAAAAAGAUUCAAUAAGCGAUUCUGAUCUUGAUCAACUGCCACGUGAUUACCGCGCCUCGACCUUGUUUAAAAAAUUCGAGAAAUAUUCAUCUCCAAGUUACAGUAAUAUUAGCAAUAGUAAUAGCGGUAGUAAGAAACAUGGAUUAUUAUAUAAAAUUUGGAAAAGCAAUCGCAAAAAUGUUGCUUAUCAAAUUACAGCUACAGUAAUUGGAGCAUCCUUAUAUUAUGUUCCUAUAACUUUUCUUUACAGUUUUUUAAAUUUCAUUCAAACAAACCCUUCUUCACUUGGAUGGGGAUUCGUUUGUAUUUUUGGUAUGUUAAUAUCAAAUAUCUUGUAUUAUAUUUCAACCACCCAACAAUGGUAUUGGAGCGCAAGUGCAAUGCAAGUUAGUAUCAAAGGAAUGCUAAAUGCUGAAAUCUUUUCAAAAAGUUUAAGAUUAUCAUACAAUGCAAAUAAUGAUGAUGAAGCGGAAAAAAAUAGCAAAGAAGAACAAAAGGAUUCAUCAUCUGAUAUGAAAGGUGUUGGAAAAAUUACAAAUCUGAUGACCGUUGAUUCUCAAAGAAUUGGUCAAUUUUCAAUGUGGUGGACAACUGCUUUGAUCGAUUGUCCAACUCAAAUUACAAUUGGUCUUUAUUUCUUGUACAGAUUAUUAGGUGUUGCUAGUAUCUUUGGUUUUAUGAUUAUGAUAAUUAUCAUACCUAUAAAUCAACAAACUGCAAAAUAUUUCGCUAAAACUCAAGAAAAAUUAAUGAAAGCAAGAGAUAAUCGUGUCAAUCUAAUGAACGAAUUAUUACAAGGUAUUAGAAUGAUAAAGUUUUUCGCAUGGGAAAAAAAUUGGACAAAGCAAGUUUUAGAAACAAGAGAGGUUGAAUUGGUUCAUCUUCGUAAAAACUUUUUGUUUCUAUUAGCAUUUAAUUUUAUUUGGCUAUUAUCACCAGUCCUGGUAUCUAUAGUAUCAUUUGCUGUGUUUUCAAAAAUUCAAGGAAAUGUUCUCACACCAUCUAUUGUUUUCACUUCAAUUGCCAUCUUUAAUGAAAUUCGUUUUGUCUUGAAUCAAUUACCUGAAGUUCUAAUGCAAGGAUUUCAAGCCUACGUCAGUUUAAAAAGAAUUGAAAAAUUCUUGGAUUCCGAAGAAAUCAUAGAUAGAAUUAUAGUAAAACCAAAAAAAAGAAUAGCUUUUGAAAAUGCUAAUAUUUCUUGGGGAAAACCAUCAUCAUCUCCUUCGACGAAUUCAAAAAUUGACUUCAUCAUGAAAGAUUUAAACAUCGAAUUCCCCUUAGAAAAAUUAAGUAUAAUAUGUGGUCCAACUGGGUCCGGAAAAACUUUAUUACUAAUGGCACUUUUAGAAGAAACAAAUAUCAUUAGUGGAAAAGUAUAUUCUCCAAGAUCAUCAUCUAAUAACGAUGUUUUCAAUCAAAAUAAUUCGUCAUUGUUGCCUUCAAAUUGGAUAGUUGAUAAUAGUCGUACCAGGAUUCUUGUUACUCAUCAUAUUGGACUCGCAUUAUCAAAAGCUGAUUACUUGGUUGUAUUAGAAUCUGGUAAAGUGGUAACAAAUGGUGUAGUCGAUGAUUUACGUUCUUCUGGCGAAUUGUCUUCUGUGUUGAAAGAAGCAGAUAGCGGUGUUGACUUUAAUGAUUUAGCUGAAGCUGCUGCUGAAACAAUUCCACUAGUAAUUAAUAGCAAUAAUAAAAACAUUAGUAAAAUUAUGUUACAUCAAGGUGAACCUUCAACAGCUUCAUCUAUCACCGUAGUUAAUAAUGGUGAUAAUUCUAUAUCAGAAGAAUAUGACGAUGAAAUUUUGAUUAAAGAAGAAGAGAGAGCAAAAGGAACAGUUAAAUUGAACAUUUAUUUGAAAUAUUUUAAUGCAAAUGGUAAUUUAUUAUUUUGGAUUAUGGUGAUUUUCUUAUUUUUUACAACAAGAGCUGCACAAAUUAUUGAGAGUUGGUGGCUUAAAAUAUGGUCAAGUUCAAGUAGUAAAGAUCCUAGAAAUGUGACACAACAAUUAUUCAAUAUGACAACUUACAAUAUUAAUAAUGACAACGAUAACAACAACGUACUAUUAUAUGAUUUAUCGUCAGUUCCAGAUUUUGAUUUAGAUGAUUCAAAUUAUUAUUUACUACCAUCCAUUACCAAUAAUAAUUACACAACUAUUCGAGGCGACAAUCAUGAUGUAGAUUAUUAUUUCAACAUUUAUGUAUUGAUUACAAUGGCAUCCGUUGUACUUGGUAUCAUGAGGUUCUUAUGGUUGUAUUAUGGUUCACUAAGAGCUUCUAGAAAUCUUUACGAACAAUUACUUCACAGAGUUAUUAGAGCACCUCUUAGAUUUUUUGACACUACACCUGUUGGCAGAAUACUUAAUCGAUUCAGUAAAGAUUUUGAGACAAUCGACAGUAUUUUAAUUGGCGACUUGGCUUUAUUCUUAAACAAUGUGAUUAUGAUGAUCAGUACUGUAAUGGUUAUAACGGCUAUAACAAAAGAAUUUCUGAUCGCUUCGUCAUUGUUUGGCAUAUUGUAUAUUAUUGUUGGAUCAUUGUAUGCCAAAGCUUCCAGAGAAUUGAAGCGAAUAGACUCGGUAACAAAGUCACCAUUAUAUUCACAUUUUGGUGAAACACUGUUGGGUAUUACUACAAUUAGAGCAUUUGGGGCAAAAAAGAAAUUUAUGAUUGACAUGUUAACAAAAAUUGAUAAUAAUCAUCGACCAUUUUAUUUAAUGUGGUGUGUUAAUCGAUGGCUUAGUAUUCGUUUCAACGUUAUUGGGUCAUUUUUGAGUUUCCUUGCUGGCUUGUUUGUUUUGUUGAAUAUAGAUCAUAUUGAUGCAGGUUUGGCCGGGUUGUCGUUAUCAUUUGCCAUGACAUUUUCAAAACAAAUUAUGUGGUCAGUUAGGAAGUAUACUGCUUUGGAGAUGAGCUUGAAUGCGGUAGAACGAAUUGAUGAAUUUCUUCAUAUUCCACAAGAAGCACCGGAAAUUGUUAAUCCACGACCACCAGCUGCUUGGCCACAUAGUGGUAACAUUCAAUUUGAGAAUGUGGAGGUCAAGUAUGCACCUGAUUUGGAACCUGUUUUACAUCAUAUUAGUUUUAAUAUUCAUGGCCAGGAGAAAAUUGGAUUAGUUGGAAGAACUGGAUCAGGCAAAUCUACAAUAUCAUUAACUUUAUUUAGAUUUAUUGAACCAUCAGAUGGAAAUAUUUUUAUCGAUAAUAUUGACAUUGGAACUAUUGGUGUCGAAGACCUUAGAUCCAGAAUCACAAUUAUUCCACAAGAUCCAAUAUUAUUUACAGGAACGAUAAGAUCAAAUUUAGAUGCAUUUUCACAAUACAGAGAUUACGAAAUUUAUGAAGCAUUACAAAGAGUUCAUUUAUUGCCUUCAUCAACAACCAAAGCAACUUCCUCCUCAUCGCCAUCAAUUUCAUCAUCAAAAAGAAAUAACGAUGAUGAUACAUCAAUAAUAAUGACAAAUGAUGAUGAUGUUAACAACGACAAUAUUAGCAUCAAUCGACACGUUAAAAUUUCCGUUAGAUCACAUUGUUUAUUAAGUCAAAAACGAUCUUGA